CGCUUUUCCUCGGUUUUGUCUAAAGCAAAUUUGCCUUUCUUCAACCCUGAGCCCAAAGCUCAACCAACACACUCACCCACUGCGACCGAGCUGCAACCAACAAGAGGAGGAAGCACCACCAUCACAAUCACAAUCACCUCUGCCUCAUCUGCUCAACAGCAUGCUGCGCGUCGCGUCCUCGAGCUUGCGGCGGGCCUCCGUCGUGCGCCCACUGGUGGCUGCACGGAGCUACUCGGAGCCUGCCUCUGAUGGCCUGGUGGAGGUGUUUGUAGAUGACAUCCCGGUGCGCGUGGAGCCAGGCACCACCAUCCUCCAGGCGUGCGAGGAGGCUGGCAAGCAGAUCCCCCGCUUCUGCUACCACGAGCGCCUCUCCAUCGCUGGCAACUGCCGCAUGUGCCUCGUCGAGGUUGAGAAGUCACCAAAGCCAGUGGCUUCCUGCGCCAUGCCCGUCAUGCCUGGCAUGAAGGUGCGCACAGACAGCGAGCAGACAAAGAAGGCCAGGGAGGGCGUCAUGGAGUUCCUGCUUGUGAACCAUCCGCUGGACUGCCCCAUCUGCGACCAGGGUGGCGAGUGCGACCUCCAGGACCAGUCCAUGGCCUUUGGCAGCGACCGCAGCCGCUUCUACAUCGCCGACGGCAAGCGCGCCGUCGAGAACAAGAACAUCGGGCCCCUCAUCAAGACCAUCAUGAACCGCUGCAUCCACUGCACCCGCUGCGUGCGCUUUGGCAACGAGAUUGCCGGCGUGGACGAGCUCGGCACCACGGGCCGCGGUAACGACAUGCAGAUUGGCACAUACAUUGAGAAGAUGUUCAACUCGGAGCUCUCCGGCAACGUCAUUGACCUGUGCCCCGUGGGUGCGCUCACCUCCAAGCCCUACGCCUUCACCGCGCGCCCUUGGGAGCUGCGCCGCACAGAGUCAGUCGAUACCCUGGACGCCGUCGGCUCAAACAUUGUCGUCAACACCCGCGGUGGCGAGGUCAUGCGCAUCCUCCCACGCACCAACGACGAUGUAAACGAGGAGUGGAUCAACGAUAAGACCCGCUUUGCGUAUGACGGUCUCAAGCGCCAGCGCCUGACCACCCCUUACGUCAAGCAGAACGGCCGCCUGGCCGAGGCUGAUUGGAGCACGGCGCUUGCAACGGCGCUGGUCACGCUGUCCAACGCCAAGAGCCCGGCCGUUGUGGCCGGCAGCCAGGCCGACGCCGAGGCCCUCAUUGCCGCUAAGGACUUCCUCACCAGCAACUACGACGCCAACACUUUUGUGACCGAGCAGCGCAUUCCACAGACACAGGGCGGCUCUGACUUCCGCACCAACUACCUCUUCAACACGUCCAUUGCAGACAUUGAGGAGACAGACCUCCUGCUCCUUGUCGGCACCAACCCGCGCUUCGAGGGCUCCCUCAUCAACGCCCGCAUCCGCAAGGCAUGGAUGCAGAACGAGCUUGACGUUGCCAUGGUCGGCGACAAGGUCGACCUCACCUACGAAUACGACCACCUCGGCGAUACGGUUCAGACACUGCAGGACAUUGCCUCUGGCAAGCACGCGUUCAGCAAGCAGUGGAAGGCGGCCAAGCGUCCCAUGAUUGUUGUUGGGUCUGCUGCCCUUGAGGGCGAGCAUGGCGAUGCCCUCUUUGACCUCUCCUCCAAAAUCGCCCAGCAGAGCCAGGCGUUUGGCAGCGGCGAGUGGCGUGUGUUCAACGUUCUCCAGCGCUCUGCAGGUCAGGUUGCCGCCCUCGACCUCGGCUACACCUCCGCCUCCCUCAAGGAUGCCGAUGUUGUCUGGCUGAUGCACGCCGACCAGUUUGAUGAGAAGGAGCUCGAGGGCAAGACCGUCAUCUACCAAGGCUCCCACGGCGAUAAGGGUGCGCAGUUUGCUGACAUCAUCCUUCCUGGUGCCGCAUACACGGAGAAGGACGGCACCUUUGUUAACACUGAGGGCCGUGUGCAGACCACCCGCACCGCCGUCACCCCGCCCGGCGAUGCCCGCGUCGACUGGGAGAUUGUCCGCGCCCUUUCCUCGUUGACGGAGAAGCCACUUCCGUACGACACCCUCGGUGCUGUGCGCGCCCGCCUGGCACAAGUUGCCCCCCACUUUGCAAGCUAUGAUGUCCUCCAACCCGCCAACUUUGCCAAGAUUGCCGCCGCACACGCAGCAAACAAGCCAGCGCCGGCUGAUCUCCCUCUGGCAGUCCAGCAGAAGCAGCUCAAGGACUUUUACAUGACAGACCCCAUCUCCCGCUCAUCUCUGACGAUGGCCAAGUGCGUCAAGGCAACUCAGAGGGUCGACCCCGACAAGAACUUCUGAUGACGCUCGUAUUCACAUCAAGCUCGAAGCGUGACACGCCACCCAUCCACUGCCACCACCACGACGAGAACGAGAUGGGCGCAAGGAGUGGAGUGGAGGAUGAACAUCAAAGAUCAGAAUACAGAGACAGUGUGGUGGUGGUGGCGGCGGCGAUGAAGGAUUUCGUGGCUAUGACGAACCCGCACCAGGAGUACAAACGUGGCGUGAUGGUGUGUGUCUGUGUGUGUGUGUGUGUGUGUGCGUCUUGAGCAGUUAUCGACAUGAGAGAGAGUGUGUGUGUGUGUGUGUGUGUUUGAGUUAUGUGUUUUGUGCGUGUGUGCGUGCGUGUGCUCUUCCUUCGUUUUGGUGCUGCUCUUCAUAUCGUUGCAUCUUGUGUUGGGUUGCUGUAUCUUUGCAAUACAAGAUGAAGACGAGA